AAGUGAGGACGUUUACUGGAGUAAAAUGGAGGCCUCAGUAAUACUACCCAUUCUGAAGAAAAAACUUGCGUUCCUUUCAGGAGGAAAGGACAGACGGAGUGGCCUCAUUCUGACAAUUCCAUUAUGCCUGGAACAGACAAAUAUGGACGAGCUGAGUGUUACCUUAGACUACCUACUCAGCAUUCCAAGUGAAAAGUGUAAGGCUAGAGGAUUUACCGUGAUUGUGGAUGGCAGAAAAUCACAGUGGAAUGUGGUGAAAACAGUAGUCUUAAUGCUACAGAAUGUUGUUCCAGCUGAGGUGUCCCUUGUUUGUGUAGUGAAGCCUGAUGAAUUCUGGGAUAAGAAAGUAACACAUUUUUGUUUUUGGAAAGAGAAGGAUAGACUUGGCUUUGAGGUUAUUUUAGUGUCUGCCAAUAAAUUGACUCGUUACAUAGAACCAUGCCAGUUAACAGAAGAUUUUGGCGGGAGUCUCACCUAUGAUCACAUGGACUGGUUAAAUAAGAGACUGGUUUUUGAGAAGUUUACAAAGGAAUCUACAUCAUUACUAGAUGAACUUGCUUUGAUUAACAAUGGAAGUGAUAAAGGAAAUCAGCAAGAGAAAGAAAGGUCUGUGGAUUUAAACUUUCUUCCAUCAGUUGAUCCUGAAACAGUUCUUCAGACAGGGCAUGAAUUGUUGUCCGAAUUACAGCAGCGUCGAUUUAAUGGCUCAGAUGGAGGGGUCUCAUGGUCUCCGAUGGAUGAUGAACUGCUGGCCCAGCCACAGGUUAUGAAAUUAUUAGAUUCUCUGAGAGAACAAUAUACUCGAUACCAGGAAGUUUGUAGACAACGUAGUAAGCGUACACAGUUAGAGGAGAUUCAGCAGAAGGUGAUGCAGGUUGUGAACUGGCUUGAAGGUCCUGGAUCAGAACAGCUACGAGCCCAGUGGGGGAUUGGAGACUCCAUCCGAGCCUCCCAGGCCCUACAGCAGAAGCAUGAAGAGAUUGAGAGCCAGCACAGUGAAUGGUUUGCAGUGUAUGUGGAACUUAAUCAGCAAAUUGCAGCACUCUUAAAUGCUGGGGACGAGGAAGAUCUUGUGGAACUGAAGUCACUGCAGCAACAACUUAGUGAUGUUUGCUAUCGACAGGCCAGUCAACUGGAAUUUAGGCAGAAUCUCUUACAAGCAGCUCUUGAAUUUCAUGGUGUUGCCCAAGAUUUGUCUCAGCAGUUGGAUGGCUUAUUAGGGAUGUUGUGCGUAGAUGUAGCACCAGCUGAUGGAGCAUCGAUUCAGCAGACUUUAAAACUGCUUGAAGAGAAGCUGAAAAGUGUUGAUGUAGGAUUACAAGGUUUGCGUGAAAAAGGUCAAGGACUUCUGGAUCAGAUCUCCAAUCAGGCAUCCUGGGCCUAUGGAAAGGAUGUAACCAUUGAAAAUAAAGAAAAUGUGGACCACAUACAAGGAGUGAUGGAAGAUAUGCAGCUUAGGAAACAAAGAUGUGAAGACAUGGUGGAUGUGCGAAGGUUAAAGAUGCUUCAAAUGGUGCAGUUGUUUAAAUGUGAAGAAGAUGCUGCCCAGGCAGUAGAAUGGCUAAGCGAACUUCUGGAUGCCCUGCUUAAGACCCACAUCAGAUUGGGUGAUGAUGCUCAGGAAACGAAAGUUUUACUAGAAAAGCAUAGAAAAUUUGUUGAUGUUGCACAGAGUACUUAUGACUACGGCAGACAGUUGCUACAGGCCACGGUGGUGUUGUGUCAGUCUCUGCGCUGCACAUCUCGGUCAUCUGGAGACACACUUCCUCGACUGAACAGAGUAUGGAAACAAUUUACAAUAGCAUCUGAAGAGAGAGUGCAUAGGCUGGAAAUGGCUAUUGCAUUUCACUCAAAUGCUGAAAAGAUUUUGCAAGACUGUCCAGAAGAGCCUGAAGCUAUUAAUGAUGAGGAGCAAUUUGAUGAGAUUGAAGCAGUUGGGAAAUCACUUUUGGAUAGAUUAACUGUUCCUGUAGUUUAUCCUGAUGGAACUGAACAAUAUUUUGGGAGCCCAAGUGACAUGGCUUCCACUGCAGAACACAUCAGAGACAGGAUGAAACUGGUUAGUCUCAAAAGGCAGCAGCUGAGACAUCCCGAAAUCAUGGCCACAGAGAGCUCAUAGCUACCAGCUUCCCACAAAUCUGCAGUUCAUAGUCCCGCAUGUUGUUGGCGUACUACAGCAUUAGCCGCAAUACAUUAAGAUACAUUUCACAGCCAGGAUAAGCCUCAUUUCUUUCCAUUUUAUAUUUCAUUCUACACGUUAACACCUUGCAACUACAAGGCAUCAUUACUUAACUUGCUUUGAGACCAUAGACUCCAAGUAUCUUAAGAGAAGGAACUGUAGACAUUGCACUGAAAACUUGCUUUAAAGCUUUACCUGACCUGUCAAUUUGUAGAUGAACAACUGAUAAUAAGCGUUGAAUGGUGCUAAUAAGAGUUUAAGAAUUCUCUAUAUAAAAAAUGGUUGACCUUCCUCCCCAGGUGAUGUAGUAAAUUUAGACUGUAGUUAAAUUGUUAUUAGUAGACAGUGGUGUACUCAAAAAUUUUACUUUGUAAUUCUUCUUCAAAAUUGAUUAUUUUUAUUGUGUCAGUAUGAAGAAAACUUUCAGAUCUUUGAUAUAUCAUAUUCAUUAAAGGACAUUUUCCUAUUUGUAUUGAUAAUGUAUUAAAAGUUGUUUGUGCUUAAUAAAAGGCUUCUUUUAAACAUCUUAUUUAAUUUGGUGGUUAUAUCCUGUUUCUAAACAUGAGUGCCUUAUUUAAAAGGGCAUUCUUAGGAUUGUGAGGAUGGUUUAAUAUUUGUUCUUUCAUGUUGGUUGCAUGUGUUUUAGCCAGGAAAUUCAUAUGUAAGCAUGUGUAUAUAAUAAAUAAGCAUGUUUAAUACUGAAAAAUAAUUGUGAAGAGCAAUUUAGAUCUUAACUAAAAAAUAAUGGAAUACUAUUUCUAAUUGUUCUUCUCUUGAAGUUGAAAAUAUCCAAAUUAUUAACAACCCUGAAGAUACUUUUGUCUUUGGGGAGGAGGGCUGGGGAAGAAGGCAUACAUAAUUACUUAAGUAUAAUCCUGUAUAUCAGAGGAAUCUUUCUGGAAUGAAUAUAGCAAUUGUUAAUAAAGUUUAAUUUCUCAUGAUAGAUGAAGCAAAAUUCUGGAGCAGUCUAAUAACAAAAAUUGUACAAGUCUUUUAGAGAAAUAAAAUUUAUAAAAUGUUAGUGCUUUUAAGUUUAUAUUAAGUUUAAAUGGUAAAAUACGUAUUUUUGUGUUAAUUUUUUUUUUCAGAAAAUGUUUUUGAAAAAGAUUAAAAAUAAUUUUUUAGCUGUGAUCAAUACAGAAUUAUGCAAAGAAUUGUAUGCUGGUUCCUUUUUCAUGUCCACAAAAAUGUUCAUGUAUCCUCCAAAGCAAAAAACUCCCUCUCAGCCUGCUGGUUUCUCCAGCCUUCUUCACUGCCAGACCUCCUGGAGAAAUCCGUAUCAUUCCCUCUGCAUCCUCAUCACUCACUGUUCAACACCUUACAGUCUGGUUUUACACACUUCAGUGAAACUGUUCUCAGUGGACUCUCAGUUACAGAAUUGAAUGAUUGUUUCUUUCAGUCUGGAUUACUUAUCCUUCUCUGUCUCUGUAAUAUUUACACCAUUGAGCAGCCUUUCCUAGAUGGUGUCCCUUGAAGAUGUCAUCCUCUGCCAUAACUUUGAGUGCAGUCACAUAACUUCUACUUAAAGUGUAUCUACUAAAAUAGACUCUCAGAUUCUGUUUUCAGAAUGCUUCUGGAACGAUCUCAUCCUUAGGUUUCUGUGUAAUCCAUGUUUUGUGGUCCAUAUCUGGUCCAAAAUUUCAGACCCAUACUUUCAACUACCUACUUGACAUUUCAGCCUGGAGGAAGUCAUCCUGUUUUUCACUUUUGUUCUCUCUGAGCAAUUUGGUUAAUUUUUUUCUAAUCAGACAUGCCAGAAAAUCUGGGAGCAAUGCCUAAUUGCUCCCUUUUUUCUUAUGCUGCCACUGCUUCUGAGAACAUUCUAGAAAUUCCUUCUAUAUUUGAUAUCUUCUCAGUCUUUUAGGACUUAACUUCUGAGUGUGAACUUUUGUGAUUCUUCAUUUCAGUCUUCAUAAUGGUGCUAACCACAUGCUACAAUUAUUUAUUGAUGCCUUUGCCUCCUGCAUCAUAAUCUGUGUUGAGGGAAGGGAUUUUGUGG